ACAACAACCAGCACGGAGUGGCAGAGAGGAGUGAAAACGAAAGAGCCGAAAUAUACACAGAGAGAGAGGGAUUAAACAGAAAUAUUAUAACAUAAAGAGAGUGAGAGAAACAGAAUGAGAGAGUAUGUGUCAGUUGUUUGACAGAAGCAGGCAGUUCGACAUGAGUGUUAGAAUGAGAUAUACAAAGAGUGGGAGCACCGGGUCUCUUCCAAUUUACUGAAAUUUCUGUUUACAAAGUGAUUCCUUGCUUUAUGUUCUCUUCUUCUUAGCUCACUCUGAUCAGAGAUCAUGAGUGGUUUUCAGUUGGACACUCUUCUAAUUAGUUAACAAUUUAUUUAGUUUUUAUUUAAAUUUAUAUAUAAAUAUAUUAUAUAUUCUGUAAAUAUAUAUACAUGUACAUCUGACAACACCAGUAAUAAGGUGUUCACUGGUGAAAUCGUCUUUUUCCUGCUUUAAAAUUAUUAUUGUUAUUUUUUACUUUCCACACACGUACCUUUGUCAUGGAAUUUAAACAAGAACCAGUUGAGAAUUAUUAUACCAUUGGUGAAAAUUUAGGAAGUGGCCAGUUUGCUGUGGUGAAGAAGUGCAAACAGAGAGAAACUGGUAAAGAAUAUGCUGCCAAGUACAUUCGGAAACGUCGUGCGGGAGGUAGGAGAGGUGCCAGUCUCGAAGACAUCAGGAAAGAAGUUGAAAUUCUCUGUGAACUUGACCAUCCAAACAUUGUUCAGUUAUACGAGUGCUUUGAGACAAAGACCGAAGUCAUCCUCAUUCUUGAACUGGUGCCAGGUGGAGAACUCUUUGACUAUCUGUCUGAAAGAGAUAAACUCUGUGAAGCUGAGGCAUCAGCAUUUAUUAAACAAAUAUUGGAUGGUUUAAGACAUUUACAUGAUCGCCAAAUUGCUCACUUGGACCUUAAGCCAGAAAAUAUCCUCAUGGUAAACCAGACAAGUCAGAGAAUCAAGUUGAUAGACUUUGGAUUGUCACGGAAAUUAAAACCUGGCAUUGAUAGUCGUGCCAUGAUGGGAACUGCUGAAUUUGUUGCUCCUGAAGUUGUCAGCUAUGAACCUCUCACACUUGCUACAGACAUGUGGAGUGUUGGUGUGAUAACCUAUAUUUUAUUAAGUGGAACAUCGCCAUUCCUUGGCGACUCACCUCAAGAAACCUACCAGAACAUCACGUCAGUGGACUAUGAUUAUGAGGAUUAUUUUGAGACCACAAGUAAACUGGCCAAGGAUUUUAUUGAUAAACUCUUAGUGAAAAAUCCCAGGAAACGAGCCAGUGCUACAGACUGUAUGAGUCAUCCAUGGAUACAGCCUGUUGCCAAACAAGAGGAAGAUGUACGCAAGAGUUGUGUGAUCAACACAGGAAACUUGAAAUCUUUUAUUACAAGAAGACGGUGGAAACAAGCCUUCAAGAUCAUACUGCUGUGUAACCGAUUGUUAAAGUCCACCGUCUGUGCUCACCCCAAAGGAGGAGAACCUACUGAAAAACAGGACAAAGCCGAGAAUGUGGUCAUGGCAGCGUUAUUCCAGAGUGCCGAGGAAGGUAACUUGGCUGGUUUAAAGGAAUUACUUAGCAUGGCAAACAAUGUAAAUGUCAACACAGCAAACAGGCAUGGUGAGACAGCCAUCCACAAUGCUGCUAGUGGAGGACAUGUUGAUGUGAUCAAAUAUCUUCAUUCCAAAGGAGCCAAUAUCGAUGUUCUUGACAAGCACAAUGAUAGUGCAAUAUUUUGGGCUGUUCGUCAUGGGCAUUUAGAUGUGGUUCAUUACCUUAAAGAAGAAGGUGUGCCCCUUAACAUACAAAACAAGGCUGGUGAAUCAGCACUGCAUGUAUCUGCUCGCUAUGGUCACAACCAAAUCACAGAAUACCUAUGUAAUUCUGGCACAGACAUCAACUUAAGAGACAAUCAUGAAGAAACUGCCCUCCACCACGCUGCAUGGCAUGGAUUCUUACCAAUAACAUAUUCCCUGUGCACAGCUGGAGCACAACUCAACAUCCAGAACAAGGAUGGAGAAACGGCCCUGCACUGUGCUGCUGCUCGGGGUCACACUGAAUGUGUCAAAGUGUUGCUACAGCAUGAUGCUCAAACUAGUUUAGUUGACAAAAAUGGAAGCACUCCACUCCACCUUGCCUGUAAUCGGCACCAUGUCCAAAUUGCUCUACUUUUGAUACAUAAGGGCUGUGAUCUUGAUACUACAGAUUUAGAAACUGGAGAAAAUGCUUUACAUAUUGCUGCAAGAAAUGGCCUAGUUCCUGUUGUACAGGCAAUGUGUGCCUAUGGUUGUGUUGUAGAUAUGACUAACAGGGCAGGAGCAACGGCUUUACACCUGGCCAGUAAGGCUGGUCAUAUUGAAAUUGUCCGGUGUCUUUUACUAUCAGAAGCAAAUGCUGAUGCCAAGAAUAAGGAUGGUGUUACUGCUGAAAUCAUGGCACUAGCUCAGGGUUAUACAGACAUUGCUGAACUGCUGAAUAAGGUCCAUGGGGAUCGAGUUACUGCUUUCAUCCAACAAUUAAAUCCACAGAAUCAAAACCUGUCUCGAAUCAAACUUAAGAUUCUCGGUUCAACUGCUGUUGGAAAAUCUACCCUUAUAGAAUCUCUCAAAUGUGGCACCCUCUACAGUUUCUUUCGAGGGCGCCUCUUUAGUACUGGCUCUUUAUCUGCCAGAGAGAAAAACCGGUCUCGUAUGCUACGUCAAUACAGCUUACCAACACCACUUUGUUACUCAAUUGGUAACCCUACAUAUACCAAAGGAAUAGAUGUCCAACAAGUAAAUGUAAAAGGAAUUGGUGAUGUGAGUAUCUGGGACUUCUCUGGCUACCAACCUUAUUAUAUGCUCUACGACCAUUUUUUACAUGACCAAAAUUGUGUCACCAUUAUUGGAUUUAGUCUAACGGAUUCUUUUGACGAGCAAAUUGCCCAAGUGAUGUUCUGGUUGAAUUUUGUCAAGUCCAGGUCUGGUCUGCAACCUCCUCUGGGUCAAUGUGGAAAACCUUUAAAUGCACUUGGGGUCAUCCUUGUUGCAACUCAUGCGGAUCAAGCUACCAGCUGCAGCCGUAACAAUCGUGGUGAAUAUGUCUGUAAAGAGACACAAAUGAUUCUUACAAAGGCACAGAAGGAGUUUGGCAAUGACAUGGAAAUUGUGGAUCGAGUAUUUGUUAUAGACACCCAGGUGGCUGGUUCAUCUGAUAUGAAAGCUCUCAAAAGACAAAUUGCUGAAAUGAAGGGACAAAUUGUAAAGUCAUUACCACAAACAUCUGGCUUUUUGGAACUCAUGGUCUCACAGCUUCCGUACUGGCGUCGAGCCUCAUCAUCAUAUCCAGUAUUAGAUUGGAAGAGUUUCUCAGAGCAUGUUCGCACAAAGAUUAACCCCUUAGCAGGUGAAAUCGAUCUAAAAUCCCUUGUGCACCAAUUGCAGUUAAUUGGUGAGGUGAUUUACCUUGAAAAUGAAACUGGGCCUGACCUUGUGGUGCUCCAUCCCAACUGGUUGUGUACGGAUGUCAUUGGAAACCUCAUUUCUCAUGACAAGAUCCUCCAGACUCGGAUUACAGGUUGUUUUAGUAUUGAUGAAUUUCAACUAAUGUACCCCGAAACUGAUGCUCUAGACUUGCUUAAGGUUCUCGAAUGUCUUGAAGUCUGUACACAAUGUGACAAUGACGGUGAUGUUGAAUAUGAAUUUCCUUGUUUGAAUUUCGUUGAAACCCUGAACGGUCUCUGGCAGAAGGACUCUCAACACUAUGCAGAUGCUAUCUACGGCGGGAUGAGGAUAAUAUCUGUGUCAGAUUCUGGUAAUCAGUUCAAAUACCUCUUUCCAAGAGUUCAGGUACAGCUGAGAAGGACUUUGGUGCUGGAGAAUGAUGAUCCUUCACUUGAUUUGUACCAGUGGCACCAUGGUUCCAAAUACUGCUGUGGUGAGUUAGAAGGAAUCCUGAACAUGGACAAAAAUGAACAAUUCUUUGAAAUCAAAGUCCGAGGUCCAAAAGAAUCUCGGACGGCAGUUUUCUACUUUCUCGAGGACUUUGUCACAGCUGUCGAACAAAUCAUUCAUGACAUCUGUCCCUAUUUUCAAAUAGAGCGACACAUACUUCACAGGGGACAGCUAGAAGAACAUGUAAAAGUGGUAUCCAGCUACUCUCCAAGACAGCUCAUUGAAUGCCAACUGAAUCAUACCCUUAGUGUCAAAUUGGACAAAAUGGAACCAGAAUGCAUUGCAGAGGUUAUUUUUCUCGGUUCCCCUGAUGUCAUGGAUAAUGUUACACUGGGGGUGGACUUGCAUAUUUCUAUGCUGACUAUCCAUGCGAGACGUAUUUUAAGUGCUAUGCUCGACCCAGCUGAACCAAUGGGGCGAGACUGGUGCCUGCUAGCUGUAACACUUGGGCUCACAAAAGUUCUCCCUUCACUGGAUUCCGGCAGCAAGAAGCAUGAAAGCAAAACGAAUCGAACACUAGAAGAAUGGUCAUCAGACCCUAAUGCCACUGUGACCAUAUUAGUGAAUAGACUGAAAGAGAUGGGUCGUGGGGACAUCGUUGAAGCUCUCUACCCCCAUUUUCUUCUUUACCAAGUUGGCUAUGAAGACAAUAGUGGGGAAGACAAUAGUGGUGGAAGUCGACAGGGCACUAAUGUAUCUACAAACACCCUGUCUAGUUUGUCUCGGUAGGGGCUGGAGGAGAAAUAAAAUGGACUGUCACAUAAUGGUGCUCACACUGGCAGCUCUCUCUCUCUCUCUCUCUCUAUCUUUAUCACACUGUAUUCCAAGCUGCAACGCAUACACAUGUCUAUAUAUGUAUGUGUGUGUAUAUAUAUUGUAUAUGUAUGCGUGUGUGUUAGAAAAUUCGUUUUGACUGGGGCUCUUAAGGUUUGCUUACGACUUAUGCAACUGGUUGAAUAAACCAUCAAAGGAAAUUUGAAAUCCCAAUCAGAAAGAAUUUUAUAAAAAAAUCUGAUGACUCUGUUUUUAGUAUUGAGUCUCCCCCAUCAGUAUAAAUGUUUAGGUGUUAUUCUUAAACUUGCUUUAAAAUAACUUGAACAUAUAUAUAUUCCCUCUCUUACACACACACAUGUACAUACAUACACAUACACA